UCGAUUUCACGACGUGUUUGCCUUUGAAUUGCGUGCCAGAGAAGAGUGGCGGUUGGUUAUCAGUUUCCUUUCAAUUCGUGCCUACGAAAUCCAAUCAAUUUUUUCCCCAAUUUGUUCCUACAUUAGUACAUUUGCACCAUCACUUCCUAAAUCUUGCAGCUGAUCCCAAAUUGGCCAUGGCUACUCAGCUGAAAUCCGACGCCCUGAUGGAGCAGAUGAAGCUCCACAUGUCCACUGACGCCGGAAAACAGCUCACCAAGAAAAUCGGCCUCGUUUAUCAGAUCAAUAUUGCUCCCAAGAAAAUUGGGUUCAAUGAGAAGUCUUUCGUGGUGGAUUUGAAGAAAGGAGAGGUUAAAGAAGGAGCAUAUGAAGAUGGGAAGCCGGAUGCAACUUUCUCGUUUACAGAUGAUGAUUUUCUAAAGGUCGCAAGUGGGAAGAUGAAUCCUCAAAUUGCUUUCAUGAGGGGCGCGAUGAAGAUAAAGGGCAGUAUCAGUGCAGCACAGAAAUUUACCCCUGACAUUUUCCCCAAGCCAUCGAAGAUGUGAGCAGUUACGGCUUCCCUGUACUACAAUGUCGCCAAUAUCAUUCAGAUCAUCGUGUUGUAUCUGAAAGCUCAACUAUAGGUAUCUCGGAGAUCAAACAUAUGUUUACACAUGCAAUUAUCUAUUUGUCUCGGCUCAUUUUCUUUACCUCUCUGUUUUCUUCGACUACGUUGUGGUUUAUACGAUUUGGUCUUUACUUCUCUAAAUCUUAGAAAGUGUGAUAAGGAUAUGGAGACCUUAAUGAAAGCAUGGCCGUUUAUCUUUGCAGAUGAAUGAAACUUUACUUUCCCAUCUUUUAGAA